UGCAAGAAGUUUCUAAAGGAGACGGGAGGCGAUCCACUUCCUAGACUUGUUCUUGAAGUUAGGUAGGGAUGAAGACCAGUAAAUACCCAGCUGAGCCUUUUUGAGACAGCCAGCCUGGAUCUAUAGGGCUGGUUUGGGUGGCAGCGAUGUUUCCAGACCAGGAUCAAGGUUGGAUCCCAGAAAGCCACGGGGAAUUCUCCAGCGUUUGGGACUGAAGGAGCAAGGGUCACACAUUGUCCUUUUCCCAAGCCUUUGCAAGACUGGAGGAAGGGCCUCGGAAUAUAACCCAGGAUGAAGGGGGUCUUGUACAUUUUCAUGCUGAUCCUGACAGAAAGCAUGACAGACGUGGUCCGCUCAGCCCGGGACUGCCUGCAGGCGGGGGAAUCCUGCACCAACGACCCCAGCUGCAGCUCCAAAUUCCGGACCCUGCGGCAAUGUAUUGCAGGCAACGGUGCCAACAAGCUGGGGCCAGAUGCCAAGAGCCAGUGCCGGAACACGGUGACGGCCCUCCUUUCCAGCCAACUCUACGGCUGCAAGUGCAAGCGGGGCAUGAAGAAGGAGAAGCAUUGCCUCAGCGUCUACUGGAGCAUCCACCAUACCUUGAUGGAAGGUGGCGACUCAGGAUUUGGCCUUUCCAGUGGUGAUGAUACCCCAUUUGUAGCUUUCUCCAGAGGCACUCACCUGGCUGGCACCGAAUCUGACUUCAUUUCAAGGCCAGGCAUGAACAUGAUGGAGAGUUCCCCUUACGAACCAUUUGUGAGGGGGUUCGACUACGUCCGAUUAGCUUCCAUCACUGCAGGCUCCGAAAACGAGGUGACUCAGGUGAACCGCUGCUUGGACGCUGCUAAGGCCUGCAACGUAGACGAGGUGUGUCAGCGCCUCCGGACCGAGUACGUCUCCUCCUGCAUCCGGCGUGCGGCCCGGGCGGACACCUGCAACCGCUCCAAGUGCCACAAGGCCUUGAGGAAGUUCUUUGACCGGGUGCCCCCCGAAUACACCCACGAGCUCCUCUUCUGCCCCUGCGACGACACGGCGUGUGCCGAGCGCCGCAGGCAAACCAUCGUGCCCACGUGCUCUUACGAAGCCAAGGAGAAGCCAAAUUGCUUGGCCCCGCUGGACUCCUGCCAAGGGAACUACGUCUGCAGAUCCCGUUACGCGGAGUUCCAGUUCAACUGCCAGCCAUCCACGCAGUCUGCAACGGGAUGCCGGAGGGAAAACUAUGCAGCCUGUCUGUUGGCCUAUACCGGAAUCAUAGGUAGCCCCAUCACCCCAAACUACAUCGACAACUCGACCUCCAACAUAGCCCCUUGGUGCACGUGCAAUGCCAGCGGGAACCGGCAGGAGGAGUGCGGGAGCUUUUUGCGCCUCUUCACCGAGAAUCUCUGCCUCCAAAAUGCCAUCCAGGCCUUUGGCAAUGGGACGUACCUGAGCAGAGCCCUGGGUCCUUCCACCCCUCCGACGACGCAGAUGCGCAAACAGGAACGGAACGCCAACAAAGCAGCGGCCACCCUCAGAGAGAACAUCUUCGAACAGCUACAGCCCACCAAGAUGUCUGCAGAAGAGAAGCUGCUACGAGACGCCACUCACCUAGCGUCCGACGCCGCCAACUCAGCCCUGGCACUGGCCGUCAACAGCUGGUUGCUCAUGUGGUGCUCGGCAUCCACCAGUACAUUCCUCUUGGUGUCCAUGUGAAGUGGAGUGCGGCCACACCCACCCAAAAGCUUCAGCUGGACUACUCUUCUGUUUCUUUUUUCAACUUGGGGUGCAGGGCUGAAAGGCCACACCAGCCUCCAUCUUCCUCUUUGUCGACUUUAUAGAAAGGAAAGAAAGAAGGAAAGAACCUCAUCUCAUCCGUUUGCUUGUGAACACCUUUCCAGUGACCAAUAGAGUGUUCAUCCACAGGGACAGUUAGAGAUCAGCCCCUCCUAGAAACCCCCAUGAUCUGUCAUGGACCCAUACUAAGGUCACAGCAAGGACUAAUUCACAUUAACUUCUUUUUCUACAUUGGCAAGUCAUAAACGAUGUCCGCCUUGGUGUGAUGAAACAGUCGUAUGAGCCGCCCAACAUAACCAGAUCUUGCCACCAUCUUGGAAAACCUUCCACAAAUGGGUUGAAGUAGGAAAUUGCAUGUCCUAGUCUCUCCAAGUGUUGGGUCAGUAAUAGGACUGUGUCACCAUGUCAAUACUGCCACUUCCUAGGAAUAACAUCACCCAGUCACGUUUAAAAAGGCUUGGGGGUGAGCGAUUCGGAAGUGGGAAUUCCCCCAGACUCAGAAUGAGACCAAAACGUUUGGAUGUUCUACAUGGCCAAAUAGCAAAAUCCUGCCUCUCUCAUCACUGUGGUUUGGUGAGGAAUGCAAAGUAUGGAUUAUCCGUUGAGGAUGAAGUGGGUUUUGCUUUGAAAACAUCUGCUUGUUUGAAGCUUCAUGAGAACUGGUGGGACCAGUGGAACUGAACCUCUGGCUCCAAACAGGAAAGAUCACCCAUUCUUAUCAGCAAGUCAUUGACUUGGUUCCAGUGGAGCACCUCCAAGGACAAGAGAGGAAUUGUAUACGUACCUGAAAUCCUACCAUGUCAACUGGUAUGUGUCUUUAGCUUGGACCUUCUAGGGAUGUGUGUUUAUGGCAGACUUGUACUGCUAAUUCACUCCCCUUGAGCGAUUUUAAGAGAUAGUUUGUAUUUACCACAGAAAAUCCAUCAUCACAAUUUGGCCCAGAAAAGAGAUUGCAGGACAGACAACUAAAAUGUCAAUCUCAAACAUUUUGAUCUUCAAGAUUUGGGGGAUCCAGACGCAAAAACAUCAAAUUCCAUAAAUCCAAAUACCAACAUUUACUGGGGGAAAUGGCAGCCUUCAAGUUCCAAGUCCACACACAUGAUCACCAUUCAGCCAAACGUCUGAGCUGACUUCUCAGAGGAGUACUGAGCUGGAUCUGAGAUCGAAUGAUAGCAGAGGUUUCCAUCUGUGAUGACUGAUAGGCCCUGGCAGAUUCACAGAUGUGAGUCAUCACUUGAGGCUACCAUCAGAAAGUCCUCCCCAUGGUCGUCCUUUUGAACUUGCUGGGAAACGUAUUACAGCCCCCAUCAGUGAUCAUGGCUGAUAAUAAUAUCUUGGCUACAAUUCAAUGCAAAGCUAGGCACCAUUAAGUCCAUUGAAAGCAGGGGACAGUAUCCAAUAUGACACAAAUGCUAUGGUGAAACAUGUUCUGCUAGUGUAAGGGACUUCUAAUGCAAUACCAGUAGUGUCAGGUGGCACGAUGCGGUUCCCUGGAAACCCACCGCACCAGCUAACACUAUUGGUGUUGCACUGCAGGUCCCUUACACAACCACAACAUCAUUUACUCAUGUUGCAUCGGCUACUCCCCAAUACAAAGUUAAAUGCACUUAACUUUGUAUUGGAUUGCACCCUUCCUCUCGUUCAUGGGGCAAUAUUUUGCACUGAUCCCAUACCUACAGUCCAAAUCUCUCUGGGUCACAAAGGCAAGCAUGGAGCCCUAGGCAAGUGGGUGUUCUCCUCUUCUCUUCAAGGGUGUCAAAAUGUCAUGGGUGCAGAAGUCCUUCACCCACAGCAAACCUGCUUGACGGGGUGCAUGAGGACAUACAUUUGGAAAAGCUGGAAAGGAUCGUGUUGGGGAAAGUUGCAGAGAGCGUUCCAGCACGUUACCAUCACGUGUUCACAGAACAACUUCAAAGGAUCAUCCUGUAGAGUUAUAUUGGAAUUGUUCAAUCAUUGGGUCCUAAUUUGCCUGCUCCCUCUCCAACACCCCCCCCUCUAAAUUAGUGCUGCCUUAUAGACCAGAUCAGCUCAAGGUGUCUUGCUAUCCCAUUCAAGAGUUCUGCACAAUCCGAACCGUGCGCCCCAAAGAUUUUCCACAGAGUUGCAGAGAACGUUCAAGAGGUGCAUUCCAGCAUCUUUGGCAACGUUUGCAAAGGAUCAUGGGGUGCACUGCGCAGUUUGCAUGCCGUUUCAUUUACACCCCCAGAAAAAAAAAUGUUGUUGCUUCAAGUGACCCUUUGGGGGCUUUGAGCUUGUUCAUUCUGGCAGGCUCUGGUUUUGGGGGACCUUUGCUGUGAUGGAACGUUCUUCAUAUCAAAGGAGAAGUUGAGUGACAAAAAUGUCUUACUCAACGCUGGCCUUUUAAAACUGUCUCUUUAGUAAUGCCAAAUGUUAACCAAAGAUGGUAUCUUGGUAUUUUCUUAGAAUUUGGUCACCAAACCAGUGUGCUAGUAGAAAUUCCAGCUAAAGGGGAAAUUUAGGAAGCUGACGAUACCACUGAGAUCCCAAAAGUAUGGAUUCUGACUUCCGAUUAUGUAUCUAAAAAUUUGUAAUACCGCUAGAUUAUA